AUGGCGACCGGCGAAUACCAUAAUUUCGAAUCGCAUUGUUGUUUCUGCGGCAUUGUCUUAGCAGCGUACCGAACGAGAGCUCAUCCGAAGGAACCAUACCCAGACGCCAGAUGGGAUGGUGGAUAUCCCGGAGAAUACGUCUCUGUUGACGACCUUGCUUGGGCGUUUGAGUUCAGAGCUCUGCGAGACUCGCGUGGUACACACAACGACAUAUCACCAGCAUCCGAUUUGGGGGAGGACAGUGCCGUCUCCCCUUUCUUUACAGGAAUUGGCCUAUUCGGUCCGCGAAGUGCCAAUGCGAGAGCGUUAACGGCCCCGACCGACCCAACUGCUGUUCAUUCGGACCCAGACUUUCAGGCUCGCCCUGAUGACACAUUUAGCAUAUUCACGUCUUACGUUUCCUUCGAUAAUACAUCAGGCCGUGGUUUUGUCUUCCAUGCGAAAUGCUUUGAGAUAUUCAGAACUCUUUUACCAGACCGGUUCAAGGACGGGAGCGAGGGUCGCAGAGCAUACUAUGUCAAGCCGGAAGUGAGAGAUAGGUUGUGGGAAAUACUAAGUUUGGUUCGCAAGGGAUUUGGAAAUGGCGAUAUCUCAGGUUGGGACGAUGGGGCGUCACCCUUCCGCCAAUCCAUCAGCGAUGGCACUUUCCCUUCUUUUAUCGAUCAUAGUAGUUGGUCAAGCACAAGAACACUCUUGGAUGGCAAAGCGUUUGGGGGUCGGGGUAUGCUGCCAUAUAUUGCCGCAGAUCCACUAAGGGUCCCCAAACUACAAGCAAUUCUUGACGAUCCUCCCUUAAUAUCUGCUUCGAAUCAUUCUCUGCAGCAUCAGUUUUCCCAAGGCCAAGGCCCGAGGGAUCUGUUUAGUAAACUCCCAAACGAAAUCCUGGAUAUCGUGCUUUGCCAGCUAAGAAGCAAAGAUGUCACCAACCUUCGCCUCGCUGUGAGAUCGAUCGCGGAGUCCCCUUUGACGAACUCAUUCUUCAGAUCGAGGUUUAAGGAUCCCCAUGAGAUGCACUUCGUAUAUGAAAGUGCUGCAGCCCGGUCCACUGAAGGAAAAAUCGAUUGGGAGCGUCUUUAUAUCUCAAUAAAAGAACUCCUGGUUUCUCCAGCAGCCAAGGAUGAGUCAGAUGAGGAGAGAAUUGAGAGCAAAGACGGCAAAAAGCGAGUCCGCUAUGAUAGAUCCCGACACCUGCGUCGAUUUUAUCGGAACCGGAUAUGCCCUCGGUACCCGCUAUCGCCUGGCCUAGCCAAUAGACUCCGUAUACAUGUGAUAUUAAAACCCCUGAUAGACCGUAUUGCACUUCUCGUCGACACACCAUUGAGAGGAGAUGUUUACACUGGAAUUCUUUCAUUUCUUGGUGGGGAGCUUGACAAAUACCCAUCAUUGAGCCCACUUCUUGACGACUUCACAGCCGUCAUAGCUGAUAAAACCAAUCUACCACACAGUAGACAGGGUAUACAUUAUUAUCUAGGCGAGCAAGGCGGCCUAUUUGUACCCACAGCCAUCCCCAGCACAGUUGGGUUGUCGAGCUUGUCGGCACAGCAGGUUAGACUGCUGCCGCUCAGAGGGAGAUCACGAGUUCGCAUCCGAAAAACCAUUUCUGCAGGGCCAAAUGUGAAAAGGGGAACAAGAGACUUGGAAGAACAACCCCCUGACCAAAGACAGCUCAUUCAUUCUGCCUUGUCUUGCAUCGAGAAUUGUGCUCGAAAGUGCACAUGGGAUCCGAAUGCCACCGUUAUGAGGAUUGGCUUUAGCUUUAUUGGUAAAGCAGAUGACAAAUCGCAAGAAGCCGUAGUUGACUAUCGAAAACACAUUUGUGGUCUUAGAUUCUGGGGUCAAUUGCCCGGGCUAUGGGAAGAAGAGACAUACGAGACGGAAACGCCGAUGGUGUUGCUUGGUGAAGUUGGCUAUAUCAUGCCUGAUGAGAUAGUUAUCUCGCUGCCAGAAAACUCCACCUGGAUUGGGUUCAUGGUGGGCGUAACAGAAUCUGGUAUAGUUAGGUUAAAGCCACUCACCCACCCACCGUGGAAAGAAGCCCGUUGGAUCGGGAGUUCGACUUCAAUGACGGAAUCAAAACUCGGCUGGAGCAUGUGGCAUGAGCAUGAACACGGAGAGCAAACCACGGCACUUGCUAAACGCCGAGCUCAAGGUUUCAAAGUCAUCGGCCCCGUCCAUGACUAUUACUCUGAUUUUUCCUACCCAGCAGCUGAAGGCAAACUUACAGUCUCACCAACGAAAUGGACAAUUGGUGGGAUCACAGUUGGCUUGGGCACUCUCCGCUUCACAUCAAUUGCAUUGAUUGAAUACCGAAAUGACGAGACAACCUCAAAACGAAGCAAGGGUAAGGGGAAAGCUACUAUUUUUGAUGAACCAUCUGAUUAUGCGAAAAUUGUAAUUGAUGGUGAGGAAACCAUCUGUGAACCACUUCCUCUUGGCGCUACCGACAAUGUUCUCGAGCCCGAUGAACACAUUGACGGAGUUCCCAGCCUUGUCGACCGAUAUUGCUGGCGGCCUUACUUCCCGCUACCCCACUAUUGGGAAGACAACACCACGAAUGUGACCAUAUCUGCUAGGAACCUUUCAUUUGCGUUUCCAAGAACCUACUUGCAAGAUGCCCUCCUGGCUGCAGGGCUGCCAAUCCCCCCGGAAGCACAUGCAUACUGGAAUGGGCCCAACUUUGGACCCCCACCAAAUACUCCCCCGUUGAGGGUUCCAAGAAACCGAGAUGAGUUAACUGUCAUGGAGUAUUUCGACUUUGGAGGUCCAGGCGGGAAAUACUUAAGGCGAUUGCUGUGUGUUAAAGCAUUUUAUGCAAGCCAUACGAAUGGUGCUGCGCGAGGUGUUUCCGGAUUCGAGUUCACAUACGAAAUGGACGAAGUAGAUGUGAAGGAGUGCAAACUUCGUGGCGAAGGCAUACCACCCCUCGAGAGAUAUGUUGAGGUUAGGCGUGGUGGUGUAGAUUUACACUACCUCAGCUGCGCAGCAACGAUAGACGGUAAAGGCGGUGAGCGUAUUGUGCGCGUUGGAACGAAUCACCUCUGCCUUAGCGAGCGGAGCUAUCUUGGUGUUAUGUUCAUUACCAACUUUGGCCGAAAGAUCGAGUUUCCAGCCUGUCUACCACCAACUACUAGGCGUAGAUCACGUCGUAGAUUGAGAAGGGUACCUAGAGUGUACCCUUCCGGCGGUGGGAAUCCCCCCCCACCCGGCGGCGAUGAUGGCGCAGGCCCUGCCCCAUUGCCCUACUGGCUUCCGAGCCCUGGUGGGCACCCGAUUUCACUACCACCACCACCUCAUGUGAUCCAGAGUGGCUCACAACCCCCCAGUGGUGCUUUGCCAGUCAUAAUACCCCCAAUGAUAGCUCAGUCUAGUGCCACACCCUCUGCAUCUAGGCGAACUCGAGGAACAGUCCGAAUCAAGAAGAUCAAAGCAAGCGACUCCUCAAGCCUCGCUCCACCACUGGGUAGUAAAGAUGAGCCAAAGAGCAAUAAAUCAUCUGUCACAAAUGAAGCCAACGAAGCAGCGAAGAGUGAUAUUGCCACAAAAGAUGAUAGCACGAAGGAAGAAGGCGAGGCAAGUAGUAUCUCUAUGGCAACCCCAAGCAAUCAAGCUAGGGAAAACUCAUUUGAGGCCUUCCUAAACGAUAUCGCACCACGUGUAACAUCUCCUGAUAUAUGGGAUGACCCCUUCGGCCUCGGCCUUCCGACUAUGUCCUCUAGCAGAUCCGAAGAAACAAAACCGGAUCUUGAUGAUAUGCAGGAAGCAUCGACUGCCUAUGAAUUUUUCGAAACAGAUUCUAAGUCUUUGAUAACCGGUUUCUUCGGGUGUACUGACGGUAAGCCCUAUUUGGGUGAGGGACUUAAGGCGUUCGGAAUCGUAACUCAAACACCGUCUGCAGAAGAGCAAAGUGUCCUUGAGGCGCGAGAUAUAAGUCAACUAAGGUCGCCCGAUCAACUUGAGUCGGGAGGUCCUAUCGCUUGCUUCUCCCAACUCGAUAGGGCUAGGUAUUGGAAACGACAUAGUGACGAUGACAUAAUCAAAGAUUUUAUUAAUAAAGUCAACUUUGACGACCCAAUUGCGAAAAUCAGGGUAUUUUGUCGGCCGACGAUGCCAUUCUUCGCCGGUUACUCAAAGCCUACCGCUAAUGGCCUCGGACUUGUUUUCGAAUAUCACAACGAUGACCUCGUAGAAGAUGGUUGUGGUGGCUUCCGCCCGCGAGCAGCCCAAAUCCUCGGAGAAUUAAGGGAAGAAAGCGCCGCUGGCUCUUUCGAACUUGAGAAGGGCGAACGGAUUAAUGGUAUAUGGGUCUGGUGCGCUGAUAAGACCCGGGUUAGUAAGUCGCAUGUAAACGAAUUCGGGCACCGCGGAGCAGACGUAAUAGCUGCCCUAAGACUUCGAACCGAUAAAGGAAGAACCAGUAAGAUAUUUGGAGGCGAGCGAGGUGGUACUUGCCACUUUUUCGAAUCCUCCGGAAAGAAGAAGCUCAUUGGCCUCCGAAUGACGUACGACUAUAUGUCAGAUUGGAUCUCUCCUAUCUGGCGCGAACAAGAGGAAGAUAUUCUCCCAGAAAAGCCCGAUCCAAAGCUUCGGUACAUCCCGUUUGGCUGGAGCGUCUUGAACCGACCAUUGUCGGUAAUACAAGUAUUCGCGGACCCCGCAGAUAGCCAAGACUUCGGACCUGAUCAAAUCAAAAUUAUCAGAGGGUUCUUUGACCAUCAGUUUAGAGGUGUGAGCUUCAUAUACAAAUCUGGUGCAACAAGGUCAUUCGGGAAGUGCAUCGGUGCGAGUGCGGAUUUCCACUUAGAAGAAGGGGAAAGAAUCUUUGCCUUGCGAUAUCGCCCUGGUACCAACUUUUCUUUUCACUUUUGUACUGUUCGCGUGGACCCGGAAACCGGGGACGUUCAGACAAGGUCGACACCUCUAUUCGGUAUCGAGGUUGCCGGCUUUGGUCUACCGCCGCUGAACGAAAUUGUCAGGGACCUAAAAUCAUGGAGGCACAUCUUCGAAGACGAAGUUCGGCCUGCGGAGAGAGAUUAUAGUUACUCAACAGACGAAAGCUCCGAUUACAACAACUAUCAAACCUCAACUCGCCAUCCUCUCGAAGAUGCUUAUGACACCCAUCAAAACAACCUUCGGGUUCAAACUGCUACUACACUAGAAACCAACGUUGUCCAGGGAACUUUCAAAUGGGAUGAAAAUGGAUUUAUUGAUAUCCGGCCACCGCUAGGGUAUGAUUUCGCUGGGCUUUGGCUCCAGGAAGUAGAUCUUGAUUUCAAACUUGGAAUGCUAGUCGUCGCUGCACCUGACCCAGACGCUCUCCUCGCGAUGGUUGACUAUUCAGAGCUUGCUUUCCCCCCUCCACAGACCUCUGUCCAACCAGUUCUUGAUCUUUACACCGAUGCAGAUGAUCCAUCUGCCGAAAUCAAAACCUUCAAUGGAAGGCCGUUUAUGCCACCACUACCUUGGCUUGGAUCAUAUCCGACGGAUAAACUGCCAGGCGAUGCUGUACUUUCGAAGAAAGUGGGCGCCCAGAUCGGCUCAGUGCGGUUGUGGGCGUCUUUUAAUAAGCCCCAAUUAAUGGAUAUCAACGUAUACUACAGUUUCCCGACCCGCCUGAUCCAUAUCCAUGGGAUUGAAUUUACGCAAUUUAUCAAAGUCGACAAGCGAGCAGGUCCUCAUUUACGAAAUCAAGAAGUUGUAAGGCUAGGAACUACUGGAUUUAUGACAACUCUCUGUAGCACUACCAAGAAUCCUCUAAAACUCAGGGAGCGGAAGAUGGUUGGUUUGAAGGUCGGAAUGGUACCGGAUAUCUUCCAGAGGAUCCCAGCUUCCACCCCAGGAACGCCAGUAAGAGAUGUUAAGCUUGCAGACUGGCCGAUCAAAGCCAGGCGCAACAAAGGUGGCGAACCUCAAAUAGUGACUUUAGAGCUUAUUCUCGAGAACGGUGAAAUGUUACCCCUAACACCGCCCGCGGCAGAAUCGACACACCGGGGUAAGUGUCCACCACGGUUAGUAUACGAAACAGUAAUGUGUCCUGAGGGGCACGAAAUCAUUGGGAUGCACGGGAACUUUGGGCUCUACUGCCACGCCAUUGGUAUCAUCUCAGCGCCUUUCCGUGCUGUUGAGAAGAAGUCACCUGCAGUACCAUCACCUCCACCCUUAAUCCACGAAGAAAUUCUACUCGGAUAUUGA